AUGAAGUCCGUCGCAUCCAGCAUGCCGCCACACUCGAGCCUGCCUGGUGAGGGACCAUGGGUCCUCACCGAGCAUGAGGCUACAUCGAGACGUCUUCCGAAGACUGCCGAGUCUGAACCCGAGUCGACUGUCGAGUCCAGCCUCGAGUUCAAGAACAAAUGGAUGGCCAACAAGGCCACUCCAACCAACCUUCCUCAGGUGUCGCCACCGCUCGACAAAAACAAGGCUGGCACUUUCCCGCUGCGCAUCAUGGCCCACACCGUCGUUGAUCAGGUCGCAGACUCUAUUGAGUACACUCUGCGCGCCAAUUACAUUGUGAUACUUCUGCUCGGACUCAUGUUUGCCAUGACUCCUGGCAUCGCGAAACCCGCCGUCCUCACCGCAUGUACUGUGUACCUGCAACUCCAGCUCCCUCCAACCGAAGACCUGGAUGAGAUUCUACCUGCAUUCGCCGUCCGCCCUCAGCAAGACAAAUCGAAGCUUCGCACGACUACUCGCUGCCACAAGAAGGCACUUGUCAAUCCAAGAACCGCUCAGUCGCCGCGCACGAAUCCAGGCGCUCAGCUGGCCGUCAUCGACCCAAUUCAGGCAGGACCUAUCAAUGCGGGGGAACGUAGCCGACUCAUGGUCAAGUCGCUCAUCGUGUACGUCUUGGUCAGCGUGCUUAUCAUGGAGCUUUGGGUGUGGACAUUCGGCAACGUUACGGAGACCCAUCUCGGCCACUACUCGUGCGUCACGGACAAGGUGACUGGUCUGCCCACCUGUGUGGAGGUCUAA